AUGGAGAACGGCGGCGGCGCCAAGCCGACGACCCGGUUCGGCUUCUCGUGGGCCGACGAGGUCGAGCGCGAGGAGCGGGAGCAGGCCGGGAUGCAGCAGCAGCAGCAGGAGGAGGCGAGGAGGGAGCAGAUCAAGCCCGACCCCUUCGGCGCGGCGCGCCCGCGGGAGGUGGUGCUGGCCGAGAAGGGCGUCGACUGGCGCGCGCGCGACCGCGAGCUCGACCUCUGCGCUGCCCCUCGCGGCCCGCCCCGCAGCGCCGCACGCCGCCGUAGGCACGCCGCCGCCGCCGCUACGGCUGCGGCGGCUUCCGCGUGUACGGCGACGCCGGCGCGCGGCGUGCCGCUGGACCGUGACGCCGGACGGACGCCGCACCCGCGGCGGCAGGGUGCUGCCGCCUCGACGCCGCGGCCGCCGCCCACGGGCCGCGGGAACGCGGCGUCGAUUGGCCGCAGCGCGCGGGGCGGCAGCAAGAGGAAGUUCGCCGGGGAGGCCCCGGCGCGACAGGCCCGUCCCGCCGGCGACCACGCCGAGCAGGGGAGGAGGGGGGUCUUCCGCGAACUCAACGUCGGCAACGGCUGCUGCUGCGGCAGCAACCCGGGUGGAUCUCUGACAGAGGGGAUGAAAGCGGCUGGCGCCGCGGCUGCAGACGGUGCUCCAUCGGCCGGUGAAUCUGCUGCUGGUCAGAAGAGGGGGAGGGGAGCGAAGAGGACGAGGGGAAGGGGAUCGGGCAAGGCCAAGGAGCAACAGGCUCAGCCGACCUAG